AUGCGCGUGAAGAAGGUCGAUGUGGAGGACGUCGCCUUGAUCAGUUGUCGCGCGGACAGGCUUCUCCUACAGGAAGAUGGAGGAUGUCGCAUGUGGCAAGCGUGUGCGGUAGAGACGCAGUUCGAGGAGGCCGUGUGCGGAGGCAUGCGUGAUCUAGAUGAGGGCGGCGGAACAAUGUCUAUGUGGGUCUGGGAUCUGUACGGGAGGGGCGAGCUCCUCGACGCGGCAGACCCGCGGCUGGACGACGGCGGGGGCGGGUUCCAGCCGCUGGAGAUGGAGCGGGUGCUAGGCGUGGGGCUUUGGUGCGUGCAUCCGGACUACGCGUCCCGGGCAUCCAUCCGGCAGGCCAUGAGCGUGCUCCAGUUCGAGGCGCCAUUGCCGGAGCUCCCGCUGGAGAUGCCGGUUGCCACGUAUGGGCCGCCUGUUGCUAGGGGUUACUACUGGUCGACCACCACCACGUCGUCGUCCGCAGGUGCCAAGACCGGAGGCCACUCGUCAACUAGUGAGUAG